AUGGAGGCCGUCAUCCUCCUAACUCUACCGCGUUCGGUAACUGGCACAUCUCUCGAACACCUGCCGCAAGAGAUUCUCGACCAGAUUCUUGAGGACCUGACUUUCGAUGACCUCGCGCGCCUCAGCCGGUGCAGCAAGGGCUGCCGCUCUACGAGAAGCCGUGUUUUUGAGAUUAUGUCUUUAUGUCUGGAACAUGGCGGCGACAUCAACCUCAACGUCCCGAUGGGCCACAAGGAGCUCAAAAUUACGACCCCCUUGCUGAUGUUCCUCGACGCCCUUGAUGAACGAGCAUGGGCCAAGGCCGCCGUCGGGGCUGACGCAUUAGCCUCGGCCCUCAUAACGAGCCUCAAAUACCUGCUCGACCACGGCGCAGACCCCUUGGAGCCUUCCCACCCCAACGUGUCCAUCUACUUGUGCCUUGACGAUCCAUACGGCGAUGACUACGAGCCAACAGAAGAGAAACCCUGUGUGUCCGCCGACCGCACCGCCAGAACGCUUGCGAGGGCCUGCGCCCAGCCGGGAGCACGCACUCUCACCACGGCCUGGCGCCGCCUCGUGGACGCCGUCACGGAGCACUUUGCCGUCGCCGCGGGGAAGCUCGACGAGCUGCUCUUCGUCUUUGUCGUCCGCACGGGCACGUGUCCCGUCCUCGACAACACCCUAAGCUGCUCCAACGGCUGCCACCACAAGGUCGGCGACGGCACCCGCGCCACCACCCACCUGCUUCUGGACGCAGGCGCAGACGUGAACUGGACGUGGCCCAAGGAAAAGGUGGAUUUGAGAAACAAAAUCCUACGAAUCUGCCGUGCUUUUGGCAAAAGCGGUCUGUGUAUCCAAGAAUGA